CUCCACAGAAAAAAAAAUAAAAAAUCCUGGACUGUUUUACAUUUUACAAAUAAAAUAAAUAAAUAUAUUUCAAAUUAAUAAAAAUAAAUAAAAAGAGUAGAAGCGGCGCUGGGUAUUGUUGGUGCUGGAGCUCCGUCAGCAGCUUGCUGGCUGUUGUGUGGGCUUGUGUUUGGUGUGUGCUCAUGCAGCCUCGGCCUACUCGCUGCCUGCGCCUUUCUGCUGCGCUCAAUGGACCCCACUCCCACACACAUUUCUGCUUUCCUUCUCAGAGGCUUAAUGAGAAUAAGAAAGGGGGGAAGCGAGCUAAAUAUAUUCUGUCCAUUUGUCCCCGAUAUUUGAGCCGGCGUUUUUUUUUUUUUUUUUUUUUUUUAAUUAUUUAUUUAAAUAGGUAAAAUAAUCCCGCGUGCGGUGCGUAUUCGCCGCGCGUAAACGCGGUGUAAAACACAAACGCUAAAUCGUGGAGCUAAAAGGAGAGAGGCAGAGGAACUGGAGGUUUCCUUGUUAUUUAGGGUGAGAGAGGGGCUGCUGUCAGGCUCUUUGCAUGGAGGAAAGAUUGAUCACCGCACUUCUUUUUUUCCCACUCGGGGCGCUUCGGGCCCUCCCCAAAAUAUCCUCUGCUAAACUCCCGAGCUCUUGAUAUUUAUAAAAAAAAAUCUCCAUGUGCAUCCUGUUGAAUCUGGAGGGCCACUCAGCGCGCCCUCGCUUACUGUUAGCGUCUAUAUCACUGCUGCUGCAUUAUUGCUUUAAUUCUAAGGUGAAGCUGGAGGCUGCGGCUCUACGUGUUCUCCAGCUGCACGGAGCGACCUCGCUGUGAACUCUCUCUCUCUCCCUCUCUGCGUAAACACACCGAACAUUUUUAACACACACAUCACAGUGGAGAGAGGGGGUGAGAGAGGAACCAGGGUAUCUUGCAAGAACUUUGGAGCCUUCGAGAAGAGGCUAUUUUAGGGUGAGUUUAUAUUUAGACAAUAUUUAGGUUUCUCUCUCUCACACACACACACGCAUACACGCAGCUAUUUGUCAUACACAAAUGAACGAGUCUAUUAAGUACAAAAUCGUACACUUACACAUCAACAGGCUUCUCUCUGCCUCCCCUCAAAUCUAAGCAUCUGUCUAGUCUGAUCUGUUAGAAGCCCAACUGCUCCAUCUGCGCUACCGCUCAGCAGAAAUCUUCACCAUCCUCUCCUCCUGAGCUGCCGCGCCAUCUAAAAACCCCUCUCCCAAGUUUUCUGUGUUUAAGUUGGGGGAUUUUCGGCCUGUGUCACACUUUAUAAGAUUAAUGAGCCGAGUGCUGUAAACAGAUUUUUUUUUUCCCUCAAGGAGACAUAUUGUAAACGGCGCAGGCCAGCUCCGUUCACCUAACGGCAACCGUCAUUACAUCACCCAAAAAAAGGCUGGGGAGAAAUGUCCGAGAGAUGCUCUAUUGUUUGCGCGUAUAGGCCUAUCACCGGGCCAGGAUGCGCCGACCCGCCGCCUACACGGCGCACAUGGCGACCGGCAGCCCUUCUCCGUUUUUUUUUUCCUCUCAAGAAUUCACCCCCCGUUACGACAAAACAAUAGCGGCUAUCCUGUGAUAUAGCCCCUCUAUGCCACAGCAUUUGGUGGAAAAUAAUAAUGCUGCUUCCCACAGCCAUCGCCGCCGCCAGGCCCGGAUCCCCGAUUGGCUGGCUCUGGUCACAUGACCAGGAAUUGGCUGCAAUUUCGCCCCAUAGUUCUUCAGUUUAGCCUACCCAGGUCCCCAUACGCUAGUAAUAUCACCAAUAUACACAAUUAUUAUAUAGCCACCGCAUUUACGCCAUUGCGGUCGGGAGCCUACAUGCUCGUGCGGUUUUUUUUUUCAUUUCCUUUUUAUUUUUUUGAGAAGCCAUAUUGUGCAGCGUGCGUGUGGGAGCGUGCGUGCGUGCAUGUGUUUUGUUUUUUUGUUUUUUUUAUUUUGUGCAAGGGAUUGUUCGGGGUCUCGCCGUUUGAGGGUGAAACUGGUUUGAGGGAGCUAUGAAUUUUGAAUUUGAGAGGGAGAUCGGUUUUAUAAACAGCCAGCCGUCCCUAGCAGAGUGCCUGACGUCCUUCCCCGCCGUCCUGGAGUCAUUUCAAACUUCAUCAAUCAAGGAGUCGACAGUAAUUCCGCCUCCCUUCGAGCACACCAUCCCCAGCCUCAGCCCCUGCACAGCCAGCCAGCCGAGACCGGCUGCUAGGAGCCAACAGAACCGGAGAACCUCCGCCACUAAUGGCCUCCAGACGCACCACCGAGCCGCCCAGCAGCCCUGCCCGCCCGGCCAGGCCCCUGCGCCGGGCACGGCCACCGCGGCCGGUCCGCUGGCGCACGAGUUCCCCUGGAUGAAGGAGAAGAAAUCAUCCAAGAAGUGCCCCAAGCCUGGAAGCAGCUCUAGCGGCGGCGGUUCCACAAUCCCCCCCGCCUCGUCCUCCCCAUCACCAACCGCCUCUGGGUACGCUUCGACGGGAAUCGAGUCACCCACAGAUCCGAGCCAGGCCGGUCUGGACGGUGGAGGAGCCGGGUCCCGCCGGCUACGCACGGCAUACACCAACACACAGCUGCUGGAGCUGGAGAAAGAGUUCCACUUCAACAAGUACCUAUGCCGGCCGAGGAGGGUGGAGAUCGCGGCUCUUUUGGAUCUCACUGAGCGCCAGGUUAAAGUUUGGUUCCAGAACCGACGGAUGAAACACAAGCGCCAGACCACGCACCACAGGGACGGCAGCGGAGGGAGCCACGAACCCGGCGACCCGGGCGGGUUCGAGCCGCUCGAAGGCGCCGAUGCUUCCUCCCCGUACUCGAGCCAGCCGCUGGAAGCUUCUGGGACCGGGGAGGCUGCGUCGGAGGGCGAGCUGGGGGGCGGCAAUCCAUCUUCCGCUGCUUCCACCGCCUACGCUAAUGACAGCGGGGACAAUGCACAACCCACGCCGGAGGAGGGAGGCCGUUUGAGCCUUCCCGAACGCCCACCGCUGCCCGGGGCAUCUGGUUCCUCCGACUCAGCUGCGACGCACCACUCCCCGCCGGCGUUCGCCGCCACGAACUCCGCAGAGAACCCCGGUGGCCUGAUGCAGCUGAGCGAGUCCGGGCCCGCAGCAGCAGCGGCGGCCGACUCAUCAUUCCCCGAACAGCGGGACUCCUCCAUCGCCCCCGCCGCCUCAUCUGCUCCUCCCGCAGCGUCCUCCUCCUCCUCCUCCUCCUCGACCGCGCUCCCCGACUUGACCUUCUUUGCCGGGGACGCAUGCCUGUCACCCAGCCUGCAGAGCUCCCUGGACAGCCCGGUGGACUUCUCCGAGGAGGACUUCGACUUAUUCACAAGCACACUGUGCACCAUAGACCUGCAGCACCUCAACUUCUGAGGCAGGCUUUUCAACAUAAAAUAGAACUAAUAAAUAAAACGCGACAAGGAGCGGACGGACAGGCCCGUGUGGAUGAACAAUCGGAGCGGAUGGGACGACACUCGGCGAGGACUCACUUGUUUAAAGAAAAACAUCUCGUCAACAUUCCUGAAACAUUUCUGAUUUUCUGAAUUAAUUUCGUUCUUGAAAAUAUGUUUUUUUUUCCUCUCUUGCUGGUUUUAUUUUGAAUCUAUAAUGUAGUUUUAAGGGAUUUUAUUUUAAACGUCGAAAGGAAAUAGAGUAUUUUCUUUAUCUCGAUCGAAACGUUGUGGAUUUUUUUUUCCCUCCGCUUGUCCAAAUUUCAGGUAUUAAUUACCCUUCUUGUUUUUUUAAUUUUUUUUCCCCCAUUUGGUAAAAGGAUUAGGAAGAAUCAAAAAUUCUCCGUGUGUGUGGAUUUGUUUCCUCUAUACUCCAUUCUAGUGCAGCUUCAUGGAUCCUCAAUAACUUCUCAGGAAACUGUUCACAGAGUCUAGGAGCAGAGAGUUGGGACUGCUUUUUUCGGGAAAUCUAAACUGAAGAAUGGAUCGACUCUUUCUCUCUCCGAGCAGAGGUUUAGACCCCAGUUUAUUUAUUGAGAUUCUUUAAUAGUGAAAAUCCAAAAUUAUUUAUUGUACAUAUAUUUUCAUAGUGGAAUAAUGAUAAUAAUAAUAACAAUAAUAAAAACACACAAACAUUUA